AUGGUCCAAGGCAGAAAAGGAGUGGUAUGGGUGAAACCCCUACGCAAUUGCAUGAAGUUGUACGUCGAUGGCGCCGCAAGAGGAAGUCCUGAACCUGUGGGGAUAAGAGGCGUUCUGAGAGAUCACCAGGGCGAUAUUAAAAUUACUUUCUCCAAAUCCGUAGGAAUAGGGGAUGCCAACCUUGCUGAGAUACUAGCAGUAAGGGAAGCACUUGUGGUGUUCCUAGCAUCAAGGUGGAAGGAUCACUAUAAGCUCAUCAUUGAAAGUGAUUCUAGUAAUGCAGUGAAGUGGGUUCAACAUCCUGAAACGGCACCCUGGAGACUACAGAAGUGGCUGCUUCAAAUUGAAAGGUUGAGAGAAAAGCAUAAUGAUUGGAAAAUUCAACAAGACAAGAGGGAGGCAAAUCAGAGGGCAGAUGCACUAGCAAAGGAAGGAGUUGAUCGGCAAUCAGAUUCCUUGCGUGUUUUUCUGUAA